AUGUAUGUAUGUAUCUAUCUAUCUAUCUAUAUAUCGAUCUAUCUAUCUAUCUCAUUCUUUUCACUAUCUAUCUAUCUAUCUAUCUAUCUAUCUAUCUAUCUAUCUAUCUAUCUAUCUAUCUCACUGUUUUCAGUAUCUAUCUAUCUAUCUAUCUAUCUAUCUAUCUAUCUAUCUAUCUAUAGAUUGAUCUUUUACUCUCAGCUGAUUAUACUUAUCUGUUUAUCUAUCUCGGGCCUCCCCCGUGCCUACAGAAGGUUUACCCUGAUUCCAUGCGCUUAUGGUUUAGAACACUAUAAUAUGAACCGACUACUCGUUAAUAUCUAUCUAUCUAUCUAUCUAUCUAUCUCAGUCUGUUUCUUUCUUUCUUUCUAUCUAUCUCAGUCUGUUUCUAUCUAUCAUUUUCAACCUCCUUAUAUCUAUCUAUCUAUCUAUCUAUCUAUCUAUCUAUCUAUCUAUCUAUCUAUCUCAGUCUGUUUCUUUCUUUCUAUCUAUCUCAGUCUGUUUCUAUCUAUCUAUCUCAGUCUGUUUCUAUCUAUCUAUCUAUCUAUCUAUCUAUCUAUCUAUCUAUCUAUCUAUCUCAGUCUGUUUCUAUCUAUUUAUCUGUCUAUCUAUCUAUCUCAGUCUGUUUCUUUCUUUCUAUCUAUCUAUCUCAGCCUGUUUCUAUCUAUCUAUCUCAGUCUGUUUCUAUCUAUCUAUCUAUCUCUAUCUAUCUAUCUCAGUCUGUUUUUUAUCUAUCUAUCUAUCUAUCUAUCUAUCUAUCUAUCUAUCUAUCUAUCUAUCUCAGUCUGUUUCUUUCUUUCUUUCUUUCUUUCUUUCUGUCUAUCUAUCUAUCUCAGUCUGUUUCUAUCUAUCUAUCAUUUUCAACCUCCUUAUAUCUAUCUAUCUAUCUAUCUAUCUAUCUAUCUAUCUAUCUAUCUAUCUCUGUCUGUUUCUAUCUAUCUAUCUGUCUCUAUCUAUCUAUCUAUCUAUCUAUCUAUCUAUCUAUCUCCUCUGUCAACGUGUACUCGAAAAUAUAUCCGUGUCUCCCCUCUUCAUGUAAAUGCCCUUUUAUCUAUUGCAAUUCACACUGAUUCUCUCUGCCUUUUUUUCUGGUCGCAUUCUCGCCAUUUUUUUUUCAAAAUCCAAUUUGCCUUUUACGUCUUGAACUGUCGAACCAAGUCCUUUGUUCUCUUCGCGCGUUUACUAUUUUUCCCGCCACAUUUUCUUUUCGACUUACCCUCCCGCCCUGCCCGCAUCCAAUUGGUUUUUCGCGCCUUUCCUUAUUGCAAACCACCUCGAACCGAUAUUACCUCCAGCGCUUUCUUCUUCUUCUUCUUCUUCUUCUUCUUCUUCUUCUUCUUCUUCUUCUUCUUCCCGUUUAGUCUCUUUACUUCGAUUUCUCUCCGUUUUGCAUGUUUUCAUUGUUUCUACUUGAUAUCCAUCACCUUUCCGUUGUCAUUCUUCUUCUUCUUCUUCUUCUUCUUCUUCUUUAUUUCCUCUUCUUUAUUUCUUCUUCUUCUUCUUCGUCGUCGUCUUCUUCUUCUUCUUCUUCUUCUUCUUCUUCUUCGUCUUACCUUUCAGUUCCUCUUUUUUAUUUCUUCUUCUUCUUCUUAUUCGUCGUCGUCGUCUUAUUUUCAGUUCCUCUUUUUUAUUUCUUCUUCUUCUUCUUCUUCUUCUUCUUCUUCUUCUUCGUCGUCUUACUUUUCAGUUCCUCUUCUUUAUUUCUUCUUCUUCUUCGUCAUACCUUUCAGUUCCUCUUUUUUAUUUCUUCUUCUUCUUCGUCGUCGUCGUCGUCGUCUUACUUUUCAGUUCCUCUUUUUUAUUUCUUCUUCUUCUUCUCCUUCUUCUUCUUCUUCGUCGUCGUCGUCUUACCUUUCAGUUCCUCUUUUUUAUUUCUUCUUCUUCUUCUUCGUCGUCGUCGUCUUACUUUUCAGUUCCUCUUCUUUAUUUCUUCUUCUUCUUCUUCUUCGUCUUACCUUUCAGUUCCUCUCCUUUAUUUCUUCUUCUUCUUUUUUUUUUCUUCUUCUUCUUCUUCUUCUUCGUCUUACCUUUCAGUUCCUCUUUUUUAUUUCUUCUUCUUUUUUCUUCUUCUUCUUCUUCUUCUUCGUCUUACCUUUCAGUUCCUCUUUUUUAUUUCUUCUUCUUUUUCUUCUUCUCCUUCUUCUUUAUAUUCACUCUUACUCUCUUUUCUUUUUUCUCUUUUCUUUUAUCUUUCCUUUUUCCAAGACAUAUUCAUUUUUUCUCCCUUCCUUCCUUUCUUUCCUUUUCUUUCCAAAAGACCGUUUUAUUUUACUUUCACGUUUUCCUACACAUAUUCUUCUUUUCUUUUCUUUCUCUUUCCUUUUUCUAUCGAAUUUUUAUUCUUUCUUUCUGUCUUUCUUUCUAUCUUUCUUUCUUUCUUUCUUUCUUUCUUUACAAGGGUUUUCCUCUCUUUUCUUUUUUAUCUCUUUUUUCUCUUUCCUUUUUCCUACACAUAUUCUUCUUUCUUUGUUUCUUUGUUUGUUUGUUUCUUUCUUUCUUUACAAAAGUCUUACUCUCUUUUCUUUUUUCUCUUUUCUCUUCUUUUUCCUUUUUCCAAAACAUAUUCAUUUUGUCUCCCUUCCUUCCUUUCUGUCCUUUUCUUUCCAAAAGUCUUAUUCUCUUUGUCAUUCCAUUUUAUUUUACUUUCACGUUUUCCUACAAACGUUUUCUUCUUUUCUUUUCUUUCUCUUUCCUUUUUCUGUCGAAUUUUUAGUCCUUCUUUCUUUCUUUCUUUCUUUCUUUACAAGGGUUUUACUCUCUUUUCUUUUUUAUCUCUUUUUUCUUUUUUCCUACACAUAUUCUUCUUUCUUUCUUUCUUCCUUCCUUCCUUUCUUUCUUUCCUUUUCUUUCCAAAAGACUUAUUCUCUUUUUUUCGUUCUAUUUUCUUCUACUCUUCCGUCUUCCUACACAUAUUCUUCUUUUCUUUUCUUUCUCUUUUUCUUUCUUUCUCUUUUCUUUUUCUUUCUUUCUUUCUUUCUUUUCCUCUUCCCUCCACACACAUUUUUCUUUCUUUGUUUCUUUCUUUUUCGUUGUAACACAUAUUCUCUUUUUCUUAAUUUCUUUUUUUUCAUGAUCCAAAUAUUUUAUCAUUUUCCUUCCUUCAUAUAUCCUCUUUUUCAUCUCUUUUUUAAAUUUAUGAUUUUUUUAAAUCAUUCUAUUCUUUCUUUCUUUCUUUCUUUCUUUCUUUCUUUCUUUCUGUUGUUUUUUUUCCUUUUGUCUCCAUUUCUUUCUUUUCCUUCUUUUCAUUCCUUCUUUCGUUUCCUCAUUUUUUUUUCAUUUUUUUUAUUUUUCUUCAGACUAAUUCAUCCUUUGUUUUUUUUCUUUCUCUCUACAUUUCUUUGUUCUUUGAAUUCAUACACUCUUUCUUUCUUUUGGAAGGUUGUCGUGUUUUUUUUCCUUUCAUUCGUUUCUUUUUACUUAUCCAUCUUUAUUUCUUCAUUCAUUAUAAUCUUCAUUGUUCUUUCUUUUCUUCAUUCAGUUAGUACUUUUUCUUCUAGUAUGUUCUUUUAUAUUUCAAUUCUUUCUUUCUUUUUUCUUUCAUUCUUUUUUCUUUCUUCAUUUAUUUAUUUCUAUUUUUUUUCCUUCCUAUUUUCUUUCUUUCUUUGUGUUUUUCUUUCUAAGAUAAUUCCUUUAAUUCUUUAUUUUUCAACCAAGCCGAACUUUCUAUUAAUCUAUAUAUUUUACUUUUUUAAUCUCCUUCUUGGGCAUUUACUUUCUUUCUUUCUUUCUUUCUUUCUUUCUUUCUACUAA